AUGACAGACGAGUUGGGCAGCUCGAAGCAAAAGUUGACCAUCUCAUGUCAAUGCUCCGUGCCGGUGGGCCCAUCAGCGAAGCGGGUUCAAGCAGGCAAUCAAAAUCUCCAAAACGGGGCUCGUGCUCCGUCUUCCCUCCCCUCGUCGACGCCGGGCUUGACGCCCGACGCUUUACAGGACAGCAGCACAGAACACAUCGACAUUAGCCCCGGAUUCAGCGUCUCUAUGAAAGAAGCAGAUGCUGCGAUCCGUCUCUAUCGGACCGCGUAUAUGCCAUACUUUCCCUUUGUGCCAAUACCCGUCACCAUGACAGCCGCCGAGCUGCACGACUCGGCCCCGUUCUUCGCCCGAACUCUUCUGCAGAUGACGGUGCCGGCGCCGGCCUCUGUCCAGAAAGAGGCGCAGCGUUUCUUUCGGCAACAACUCGCGCAGCAUGUUGUCGUGAACCAAGAGAGGCGACUGGAGCUUUUGCAGGCCAUUUUGGUCUUUGUCGCGUGGGGAAAUUUCCAUUUUUACAUUGAAUCACAAGCAACAGAUCUGCUGCAACUGGCCGUUGCUCUCGUCGUCGAUCUUGGCCUUGACCAGUCUCCAGAUUCCAUUGGGCCGUCACGACUCUCAUUUCUACCCACAGCAAUUCGCAAGGUCAAAGGUUUUGUUCGACAAGGCCACACUCAAGAUGACAGACGCGCCAUGCUGGGGUGCUUCUAUUUAAAUUCAGUGACAGGAAGUUCGGUCUUCUUCACGCCAUAUUUGACAUACUGCUGCGACAAGCUUUUGGAAAUGCAAGAAUACGAGUCAGAUCCAUGCUUGGUUGCAUUGGUUCGCAUACAGCAGAUACUUUUGCGCGUGUCCGAUGCUCUCCCUGGCCCAGAUGUUCAUGGGUCUGCAAGCAGGGUUGUGGAUGCUCCCUUGCAGAUGAUAAUGGCAACCGCGCGGAGAGAAUUAGAUGCUCUUGUGCAAAAGCAGCCCCCGAGGGUGGGCGGGAAUGCCCUCAUGAGACUAUACGAGCCGGCGAUACACAUCCGAGCAUCCAUAAACCUACGAGGCCCGCUCGAUUCCGUUCGCCACACUGAAGCACUCUGGGGCUGCCUCGAAGCGGCAAGACACUUCUUCGCCACGUAUGCCACCAUUCCUCUCGAUAUGCUCGGUGCAAUGCCGCUCGUCGCGACGUCAUACAUGGCUUUCGCCGUCGUGACCUCGAGCAUGAUACUCCUGCUUGACGACCCUGACUGGGAUGUGAACCUUGCGCGCAAGACAUUCGAUUUCGCGGAUGCUUGCCAAAGUCUGGGCGAUAGGUUCCGCGAGGGCGACCACGUCUCUCAGUCCCUAGGUCGACGUCAGAAAUUUGAAGAUGGCGGAAGGUCCGUUCUAGAAGCAAAUCACCGCAAGAUUCUAUGGAUUCGUCACUGGUACGUGUCAAAGAUCUCAGCAACCGCAUCACCGCAGCCGAGGCAGGCAAGCACUGAAAAUUGUGCAUUACCCAUGUCAUCAGUUGUAGCUGAAGCACCUUUUGCGCAGCCAAUGCAGGUAGACCAACCUGCAUUUCAAGAUGCGUUACAGUUUCCUGUCGAUCUUGACGGAGAAUUCUGGCGCGCCAUGUUGGACAUAGAAAGGUGA